UCAGCGGUGGAUGUUAUGAGCAGAAACAUGCGUUACACCGCAAAGCUGGGGAAUUACCCGUCAGAGCUAAUGGGACGAAAACGAAAACAAGGCAAAGCCAAUUAUGAUCAUCCAGCAGGAAAACGGUACCAUGGCCUGAAGAACCAAGGAGCAACCUGCUACUUAAACAGUGUGCUGCAGGUGCUGUACAUGACCAAAGACUUCAGAGAAGCAGUGUCACUUUCUCCAAAACUCGAGCCUGGAUUUAUUGAUCAUCGUCUCCGCUCCAUCUUUAAUGCUUUAACAAAUACAACAGCAACCACUCACGAGAUCACAAACCACCUGGGCAUCAAGAAAGUGAACGAACAGCAAGAUGCUGCAGAGUGCUUUGACAAGAUCCUGAGUUGCUGCAGCUCCAAAGCAUCAGAGAUAUUUAAAGGAGAACUGACUGUCAGGAAUAAAUGCUCCCAAUGUGAAAGAGAAAAAAGGACGAUUUCACCAUUUUGGAGUUUACCGCUAACCCUCAGUGACAAAAAAUACUAUUGUGUGAGCGAUGGGAUCCAAAAAUAUUUCCAGGAAUCUAAAAUCUGCGGAGAGAACCAGCUAUACUGCUGCCAGUGCAGUGGCAAAACUGAUUCCUCUAUUAAAUUGGACAUGCAUCACCAUCCAGAUGUUCUGACUCUGCUGCUGAAGAGAUUUAAGUUUGACUACCAAGCCAUGGAUUACGUGAAGAUCAAAUGCCACGUGAAGAUUCCAGAGAAGCUGAAGAUACCAGCUGUGGAAGAUGAGAGUCAAACUUAUCGGCUGUAUGCACUUGUUGAGCAUUCUGGCGAGCUGAGAAGUGGGCACUACACCGCUAGGAUUAGAUCUCAGGAUGACGACAAAUGGUAUACCUUCAAUGACAGCACGGUCACAUUGGAAUACCAGCUAUUCCAACUGGAGGAGAAGGAAACAAGCCCAGGCGCUUAUCUGCUGUUCUACAGGAAGACAACAGCUACAGGUCCUUUGAAUCCAGACAGCAGUGGGGCAUCUACAUCUGGAUGCACCAAGACAAAUGAGCCACGCAGAAAAGACGCCGAGUCGAAAGGGAGACGGGAAGGUGAAAGGGCAGCAACUGAUUCCUUUGGUGUCAGAGAGGAAACGCAGAAUGAAGGAGAAAUGAAGACGGAGGUGGUUGCUAGAGAUGAUCUGAGCAAAAUGACUACUGAUGGUGACAGUUUGAAGUCAACGAGCAACGAGAGUCUGGAAGUUAGAAAACCAUCAGGAAGAAAUAUUAAAAACAACACAAAAUGUAGCAACAGUAAAAGGUUUGACGGACAGAGCAGAUAUAAGGCACAGGAUGGUUCAGGGAAUGAUUUCAAUCAGGACCUUAAUUCUGCCCAGAGUAAGAAAAGAAAAGGGAAACAAAGCACAAAAGGUCAUGGUUUAGACAGCAAACAAGAUGUCAGUGAAAACUGUCCAGGUGCUUUAUGUGCCGAGCUGAAGGAAACGGAGAGGAAGGAUCAAAGAGGGCAUGAACAGACACAGCGAAUAAGAGCUCUAGAACGUCACUGUAGUAAAACUGGAGGGAAAAACCAAAGUUUGCCUUCAGCCACUGUUGAUAAAAGUGGAUUAAAUAGAGCUGAGUUGCAGGAAGAACAACAUGAGCAUUGUGGUUGUAAUAAAUAUUCUGAAGUUCAGGAUUCUGCAGGAGAAGAUAAUCCCAAACUCAACCAACAAGAGUCAAAAAAUGUCUGUUUGGAUCAUUGUGUGGAGAGAGGUGGAGAUGAGGAGAUAAUUAAAGAAUCAGAUGAGAGAAGUCACAAUAAGCAUCAACAGAGCAAAACAAAUAAUGAAGAAGAAAACAAAGUAGAGAACAGUGACAGAUUAGUACAAAAUAGUUCUCUGUCAUCUCAUGAGGGGAAAGAGGUGAAUCCCAAAAAGGAUAAAUGUUGCCAAAUAAGAGAAAAUUCAGAAGGUCUGGUUGGUGAGAGAGAAGGGAAUCAAAAAACUGUUCAAGAUGAAGAUGGUCAGAACAAUCUUCAGAGUGACACACAGCAGAACAUCAACCCAGUGACACAGGAAAUGGCAGCAAAUAUGGAUCCCAACACCCAAAACGGUUCAAAAGCCACUGGUGGGGAGACUUUGUCAGAGCAACAGAGACACAGCGAUGAAAAUGAGUCAACAGGGAGGGAAAACAUUGAAGAUGUUAAUGAAAAUAAAAGUUUGAGUGAAUCAAACCUAGUGAAAACCACGGACGUCUCCCCUGAUGCCAAAAUGCAACGUGAAGGUGGGAAUGGAUCUGGGAAAACUAAAAAAAGUAAAAAGGGACAAAACAGAAAAGAGAGUGUGGUGUUUUCUAGGGGUCUUACAUGUCUUAGAGGCAGAAAUACAAAUCCUGAAGGGUCACAAAGACAAUCCUCCUUUCAAAACAACAGAAAUACGAUAUAAUAAGCAAAUUAAAAGAAAAACUUUAAAUUCAAUAUAAUAUAACCAGACCCCUGCAAUAAAUCUAAGACAAAGAUUAGCGAUGGGAUGCUGUGAUUAAAAACAUGACUGAAUCAACCCCUCCAUGCGAUUGUUAUACUGCCGAUAUCAAAAUCUCAGGAAUCAAAGUGGAUAGAAAAAUUAUUUUUACAUUGUGUCAGACACUUUUUUUUUUUUUUUUUGCUUUUUGUUACUUUGUCAUAAAUGUAACAAGAAUCCUGCUGAUGAUUUUUGUUGUUGAAAUAUCUCAAAAAUCUCCACUCUUGCCCUCAUAAUGCUGCUUCAAAUUGGAAACCUUUAUCAUAGCAGUGGCCUCCUGGCAAACUAAGCACACAAUCUCUCCUCUCUUGGAUGGAGCAGAGACUGUUCUGUCCAUUUGUCUUUGAAUUUUUGAUUAUCACUGUUUAUAUAUUACUUUCAGUCAGAAGAAUCAUGUUGGUAAAAAAAAUAAAAACAUUACUUUGAACAUCAGCUAAUGUGUGCUUCUAUGUAACUGCUAUGAAUACCAUGAGGCUUUUAAAUAGAUGUGUGGCCCAUUCAACUCGUGUUUUGUAAAUGUUUUCAAGAAAUAAACGUUCAUUUCUCACUGUUGA